GUUGAAAAAAAAAAAUAUAGGGGGUGUGGCAAGGCUAGAAAUGAGAGGACCACCAAGAGGGGCACAGUGUUGUGGACUGGUAAAGUUGCUCCUAAGCUGCUCCUGAGAUCUUAUACAGAGGAACAAGCAAUACCUGGGCAAAUUGAAAAUGGCAUACCUGCUUAUGUUUGUGACCCUGCAGCAUCUGAUCACACUGGCCAUGCUGUUCAUUGCAACUAUGGAGAAGUCCUGGUGGGUGUGGGAUAGCUUGGAAAACUCAGACCUAUGGCACAACUGUAGGUUUGACAACAUCACAGGAACUUGGCUUUGUGCAUCCUCCAAAGAAACUGAGUGGCUUCAGGCAGUGCAGGUCCUGAUGGUUCUCUCAGUGGUCUUCUCUUCAGUCUCCUUCUUGGUGUUCCUGGGUCAGCUGUUCACCAUGUCAAAAGGCGGACUCUUCUAUUUCACUGGGCUUUGUCAAAUCUUUGCAGGCCUGACAGCCUUUACUGCAGCUCUCAUCUACACAUUACACAAUAAAGAAAUCCUUCCAAACUCCAAAGAACUGACUUCAGGACAUUUUGGCUACUGCUUCAUCCUGGCCUGGGUGUGUGUCCCUUUGUUGCUGUGUAGUGGCAUCAUAUACAUUCACCUGCGUAAGAAAGAGUGACCAGAGAAAGGAAGACAAUGUAAACAGCAGUAUUGGAACACAAAGUGCUGAACUGACUUGACAUCUUGUUAAUCAGAAAUGUAAAUUUUGAGGGAGUCACAAAGUCACAGAUGCCUCUGAUUUUUAAAGUGAUUAUGUUUUUGAAUUGCAGAUAAAGAUGUAUAUUGGAAAAAUGAUCAGGAAAUAACGUGCUAUCUCUUAAGCAAAUACUGAAUUCUCAACAUCAAGCCAGUAUUUAAAGCUCACCUUCUGUUUUAAGAUAUUUUCAUUAUAAAAGGUUUUAGAUGUCCAGUAUUGUGAUGUGUUAAUAACAAAGCAGCAUUAUGUUUUUUCUAUAUCUAGUUUUGUAGACGUUUGAAUUGCUUUUAAUUUUCCUUUGAGCAAACUGGAAAAAUAAAAUAUAUAUGUAUGUAUUUUUGUACCUAAAGCUGAUAUGCUGAUAUGUAAAAUAUAUUUAGUAGCUGAUCCUAAUAAACAUCAUAUAUUGAAA